CGCUGACGGCAGCACAGAUGAAUCCAUCCCAAUCAAACCACUUUGGUUACAUUACAUUCAUUCUAGCCAAACAAAUCUCCGGCAACCACAGCCGGGAUUGCCUGAUGUUUGCAUAACCCCAGAGGUUACGAAUCCCGGGGCGAUAAGAUAAAGCGAGGGAGGCUGCGGCCGUCAAGUCCCGCGGGCUUCGGAGGUGGCCGAUACGCUGCCAUCUCCCCAUCCCGACUGCUCCCUGGCUCCGGAGAAGUCUUAAAAAGCUUCAUCCUGCUGCCACAGGGGUUGUUGCAGUUGAAAUUCCCAGUUCCGUGUUUAUUGUCAAUACCCCCUCUUUGGUUGCUCAUCUUCCUCUCCUCCCUACCCCAUACCCACCAUGUCUUCCCCAGUUGCUGCGGCCCGCUACGGCAAGGACAAUGUCCGAGUAUACAAGGUCCACCGCGAUGAGAAGACCGGCGUCCAGACGGUCGUGGAGAUGACCGUCUGCGUCCUUUUGGAGGGUGACAUCGAUACCUCCUACACCAAGGCCGACAACAGCGUGAUUGUCGCAACCGACUCCAUCAAGAACACCAUCUACAUCACCGCCAAGCAAAACCCCGUCACUCCCCCCGAGCUCUUCGGCUCCAUUCUUGGAUCCCACUUCAUCACCAAGUACAACCACAUCCACGCCGCCCAUGUCAACAUCAUUACCCACCGUUGGACCCGAAUGACCAUCGACGGCAAGCCGCACCCGCACUCCUUCCUCCGGGAUGGCGAGGAAACCCGCAACGUGCAGGUCGAUGUCGUCGAGGGCAAGGGCGUGGACAUCACUUCGUCUCUGGCCAAGUUGACCGUGCUGAAGAGCACCAACUCGCAGUUCUGGGGCUUCCUGCGCGACGAGUACACCACCCUCCCUGAGACAUGGGACCGUAUUCUCAGCACCGACGUCGACGCCAGCUGGCAGUGGCGCCGCUUCAACGGGCUGGACGAGGUGCGCGCUACUGUGCCUCAGUUCGAUGCGACCUGGUCGGCGGCCAGGGAUAUUACCCUGAAGACCUUUGCCGAGGACAACUCGGCCAGUGUCCAGAACACUAUGUACAAAAUGGCGGAGCUGAUCUUGGCUCGUCAGCCCUUGCUUGAGACGGUCGAGUACUCUCUGCCUAACAAGCACUACUUUGAAGUUGACCUGAGCUGGCACAAGGGCCUGAAGAACACCGGCAAGGACGCCGAGGUGUAUGCGCCGCAGACCAACCCGAACGGGCUGAUCAAGUGCACGGUUGGUCGCAACACGAAGGCGAAGCUGUAGG